AUGGCGUUGGCUGCAAAAGGACAAGCUUUAGUGGUUGCCGCAAUCGAUUUUGGGACGACCUACUCGGGCUGGGCAUUUUCAUUUAAACACGAUUACGAUCGGGAUCCGACAAAAGUGUCAGCAAAAACAUGGACCGGUGGCCAGCUUACUUCCUUAAAAGGUCCAACGUGUAUAUUGAUAAAGCCAGACGGAAAGACACUUGAGGCAUUUGCAUAUGAUGCAGAAACUCGCUACAGUGAACUGAGCGAAAACAAUGAACACAAACAAUGGUACUACUUUCGAAGGUUCAAAAUGGAAUUGUGGAAGAAGUCCAUUCAUAAAGACACAGUCUUAGAAGACGAAUGUGGCCGAGAGCUCCUAGCAUUGACAGUGUUUUCCCUGUCAAUCAGAUUCAUGAAGGAUGAUCUGUGCAAGAUAUCGGAAAGUCAAGUGGCAGGAUUGAAAGCAGACGACAUUCACUGGGUCCUGACCGUGCCUGCUAUUUGGAAUGAUUCAGCAAAACAGUUUAUGAGAUUGGCUGCGGAGCAGGCCGGGAUUUCAUCGGACAAGCUUACCCUUGCACUUGAACCAGAAGCAGCCUCACUGUACUGCAGAUACCUUCCUGUCCAGAAGGAUGGAGAAUCAAGUCUUUCAACACUGAAGGCUGGAAAGAAAUAUUUAGUUCUAGAUGCAGGAGGUGGAACAAUUGAUAUUACGGUCCACGAAGUAUGCACAGGAGAUAACCUAAAAGAGCUCCACAAGGCAAGCGGAGGUGACUGGGGAGGAACGAAAGUUGAUGCAGCAUUUAUAGAAUUUCUUGGAAAGAUCACAGAUAAAAAGGCAAUGCAGAAAUUCAAAGAUGUAAAUAUGGAAGACUACAUUGAACUUCUUCGUGAUUUUGAGAUAAAGAAGAGAGCUAUAGACACUUCAAAGCCUGGUAAAAUAACCAUUAAAGUUCCCAUUUCACUGAUUGAUCAUGUGAAAGAUGUAACAGGAAAGACAUUGAAAGACAAAUUGCAAUCAUUGGGUUACGGAAAUAAGGUUACGCUGGCUGGGGAUAAAAUUCGCUUGGAUCCAGAUAUAAUGCGUUCGUUCUUUAGCACAUCUUUGACGCAAAUCGUCGAACAUGUCUCUGAUUUGCUACGAAAGGUAGAAUGCAGUGGCGUGGAGGCCAUAUUGAUGGUUGGGGGAUACUCCGAGUGCAUGCUUCUCAAAGAAGCCAUCAAACAGCGGUUUUCGCAAUUGAAAAUCAUCGUUCCACCCGAUGCAGGGCUUGCAGUUUUGAAGGGUGCAGUCAUAUAUGGCCAUUCUCCCAUGACCAUUACCGAGCGCGUUUCAAAGUACACAUACGGUACAGAUAUAUCAAGCACCUUCAUCGCCGGGGAGCAUCCAUGGUCUAAAUUUCAGAUUCUCAAAGAUGGUUCCAUACGGUGUUCAGAUAUAUUUUCCAAACUUGUUGAAGUUGGAGAUAAGCUUGUUGUCGGCCAAGCACAGAAUGAGGAAUCAUACACACCAGUAUUUGAUGAUCAGAAAGCUUUGGGUGUUACAAUAUUUGCCACUAGUGACAAAAAUCCCAAAUUUACAACCGAUGUCGGAUGCCAGAAAAUUGGCGCUAUAAGCGUACCACUUGCCGGCAGUGGGAAAGAACGCGGCAUUUGGUGUGUACUUCCCGACCCACAGGAAGAAGCGGGCAGAUCUAUGUUGGACUGCAUUAAUGCACGAAAACUCUCUGGUGCCCCAUAUUGCGGCUCCGUAGCUAAUGAACCGUUCGAGUGGUUCAGAAAAACGCCCUUCCUAUUUGUUGGAACUGGAACAGAGACUUUCCCAUGUGGGGGCCUCGGGAACACGUCGACUCCCCGAGAGAAAUUUGAGAGAACAUUUAUCCAGUCUGUUGGAAUCUGGACGACAGCCUACCCGUAUGAAUGCACAAACGGAAAGACCCUUGAGGUGUUUGCAUACGAUGCAGAAAGUCGCUGUAGUGAAUUGAGCGAAAACAAUGAACACAAAAAAUGGUACUACUUUCGAAGGUUCAAAAUGGCAUUGUGGAAGAAGGCCGGGAUAUCAUCAGACAAGCUGACCCUUGCACUUGAGCCAGAAGCAGCCUCACUGUACUGCAGACAUCUUCCUGUCAAGAAGGAUGGGGAUUCCAGUAUUUCAACACUGAAGGCUGGAAAGAAAUAUUUAGUUCUGGAUGCAGGAGGUGGAACUAUUGAUAUUACGGUCCAUGAAGUGUGUGCAGAAGGGACCCUUAAAGAGGUCCACAAGGCGACUGGAGGUGACUGGGGUGGAACGAAAGUUGAUGCAGCAUUUAUGGAAUUUCUUGAAAAAAAAAAGGUUACGCUUGCCGGGGAUAAAAUUCGAUUGGAUGCAGAUAUCAUGCGUUCGUUCUUUAGCACAUCUUUGAAGCAAAUCAUCGAACAUGUUUCUUAUUUGCUACGAAAGGUAGAAUGCAGAGGCGUGAAGGCCAUUUUGAUGGUUGGGGGAUACUCCGAGUGCAUGCUUCUCAAAGAAUCCAUCAAACAGCGGUAUUCGCAUCUGAAAAUCAUCGUUCAUCCCGAUGCAGGGCUUGCAGUUCUGAAGGUCGGAGAUAAGCUUGUUGUCGGCCAAGUACAGAAGGAAGCAUCAUAUACACCAGUAUUCGAUGAUCAGAAAUCUAUGAGUGUGAACAUAUUUGCUACUAGUGACAACAAUCCCAAAUUUACAACCGAUGUCGGAUGCCAGAAAAUUGGCUGUAUUGGAGUACCACUUGCCGGAAGUGGGACCAAACGGACUUCAGCGACGAAAUACGUAAGCAUAGACAAAGUCUCGGAGAGCGUAUGGUGUAAGAGAAAUUAUAACUAUGCCGUCAUACGUAAUGAUAAAUUAAUUGUGAAUGACCAAGUGUACAAAUACAAAGACAUUACACAGUCAAUUGUUCCUAUUGGUACCCGGCGACCUAUAACUCGACAUUGUCCUGCACGUGGGAUACCGGGUGGUCAAUCAGACAACAAUAAUGCUUCAAAUCACCGAUUGGAUGUAAACAACGUGAUCCACCACGUGAAUGAUGACGUAAGUGAGCGCAUCCAACCCAAUGAUGAGAACCCACCAACCAGAAAUGAUAUAAGCUCUCGCGAUGAUGCCGACACUUCAUUCAUGGACUAG